AUGUCAUCCUCACCGAUCCUCGGCCCUGAACGAAAAAGCUCCUACGAUGAAGAGCGUCUCGAAUGGGCGAAGCCCUCGGUGCCGAAGAAGUACCUCCGCCUGCCAAGACUGCGCCGCUCGACCGUGAUUCUCUUCCUCAUCGACUUUUUGAUCAUCGCUGUGCUCGUGCAUGCUUUUUACCCGCUCAUCACGCUGCUGCGAAGGAAUGAGGAGCUGUUCGGUGCGAGAUUAACGCUGCCCCUGAAUGAUACGUCGUUUGGCGAGGAUGUGCCCGCGCAGAGGACGAUACCGAGGAUUUUUCACCAGACCAGCGCGAACGAGACCAUCCCUGAGGCUUGGAAGGACUUGGUAAAGAGUUGUCGGGAGACUUACUCGGAGUUUGAGUACAAGCACUGGACCGACGCAAAGGCUCGUGAUUUUAUCUCGGAAGAGUACCCUUGGUUCCUCGACACUUGGGAUACAUUCCCCUUCAACAUUCAGCGCGCUGAUGCUAUUCGAUACUUUGUUCUUCACCACUACGGCGGUAUCUAUCUCGACAUGGACACGCUCUGCAACGCGACCAUCCCGCUGCACCAGAUCGAAGCCGACGGCAGCAAGCACCACGCCGUCUUCAAGAGCACAACGCCCACCGGCGUCUCCAACGACAUGAUGAUAACAUCCGCGCACCACCCGGCCUUCACAAAAGCCCUCUCGCGAAUCCAGCUCUACAACGACAUAACCCGUCCCUGGGCGCACAUCCUCCCGCACGUCGCGGUGAUGGUAUCAGCGGGCCCGCUGUUCCUGACCAUGGCGCUGAAGAAUUACCUGCUCGAGCAGCCGUCGCUGCCUGAGACUACGGUGCAGGUGAUCAAUGCGACGGAGCUCGAACCUUAUUUGACUGAUUACGAGGGCGCGUCGUGGCAUCACGGCGAUACGAAGGCGAUAAUGUGGUUGGGUGAGCACGAGUGGGUUUGGUACCUGCUCGGUCUCGUUGGGGUUGUUGGAGGGUUGUAUCUGAUCAAUAUGCUUAUGAUGAAGUGCUGGGUGCGGUUCUUCGAGAAGGCUUCCAUUGAUGAGGCCAAGGAUGCUAUUAAACUCACGUAG